AUGGUGCAAAAGUUCUAUGUCACCUAUAACCAGGUUCACCAGCUCUGCCAAAGAUCCGCAGAUGCUAUCCUGAAGGACUUCCACCCUCACCUUAUGAUCGCCAUCGGCGGUGGUGGUUACGUCCCUGCUCGUAUUCUCCGUUCCUUCCUCAAGCGCGCCGGUGACCCCAACAUCCCCAUCCAGGCCAUUGGUCUGUCCCUCUACGAAGAUCUCGGUCGCGGCGAUGCCGAGGAGGUCCCCGGCACCAAGGUCACCCGUACCCAGUGGCUGGACCUGAGCUCCCUCGAGAUGGCCAACUUGAUCGGCAAGAACAUUCUGAUUGUCGACGAGGUCGAUGACACCCGUACCACCCUGGAAUACGCUGUCCGUGAGCUGGAGAAGGAUGUCGAGAUUGCCCAGAAGCAGCUUGGUCGUGAGGGCGAGAAGACUAACUUCUUUGUCUUUGUUCUGCACAACAAGGAUAAGCCCAAGAAGGGUGUUCUGCCUACCGAUAUGAUGGAGAGUGGUCGCUACCAUGCUUCCGUUACUACCGAGGAUGUCUGGAUCUGCUACCCUUGGGAGGCCAAGGAUAUCGAGGAGCACGAUGCUCUCGCCAAGGAGAACCCCAUCAUCUAA